GUUAUUAGAGAGUGAGUUUAUCAGAUAUGGCGGGCAGUUGUUAAUUACUUUUUUUCUGUCAGUUUAUCAUUUUGGGUUAAAUAAAUUAUGGUGAUGUCAUACCCUAAUUAAAUAAUUCAAACGGAGUUUGUUCCCGCCCCUCUCCUAAAGAAAGUGAGACAAAGAAGAACGAACGAAAAAAAUAAAAAACGAAAAAUAAAGAAAAAUGAAACAGGAAAAACACAACCGUAACUUAUCAUCUUUUCAAAUAUUUCCAUCCGUGCGUUCACUUGGGCAGUGCGCACCGUGGCGAAAUCAAGUGAAGUUUGACAAAACGAUUCGCGAAGCGUUGCGUGGCGAAGCGAGCUGGUUUGGAGGAAGUUCGCUUCGCCUCGAGGACUGUUUGGAAACAACGGAGAUGGCCGCCUACUCGGAACCUCUGAAGCCCCUCUGCCCGACUUGUAACGCAUAUUUCUUGGUUUUGGAAGAAGCUCAGGAACACAUAAUGACUUGUGACUUCACCCCGAUUGCCUGCCUAGCCGCUGGGUGGGCAAGCCAGCCCAAGUCGGUGCCGGUUUCAGAACCUGGUAAAUAGAGAUGGUGACUCGAUAAAAACACCGGGCGGAAGGCAACGGCAAACCACCGCUCUAAAUUGCCAAGAAAAUCAUGGAAAUCCAUGAUCGCCAACUUCCUUGUGGGACAGGGCACUUGAAAGAAGAAGAAACCUAAAACAUGGCUGUAGUUCAGAUAGAACUUCCGGGAGCGUCACAGUAGUUGGUGAUAAAAGUUGAUGAUAAUGUUACUGUUAUCUUUUAAUAACCGCGUAAGAUGCAUCCCAGUGAAAGAACAUAUGGGAGGAAGCUCCACAUCUCGAGCAGAAUAACAAAGGAAUACACGAGCAAAGCGCAUGAUUGGUGAAUGAAAGCGACGUACGAUAAUAGAGAUAAGUAGACAAAAGACGAAACCUUAUCUUUAUUACUCUUUCAAGAUAGUCGACGUUACGGGGCAAGACCUUGAACGACGAGGCACUCGACACUCAGGCACCAUCCCCACCGGCAACGCUGCAACACUCUAGACGCUGGGAGGAUUUGCAUUCAGCAAUAUGAGUGGUGGGAUCGCAACCAAACCAACUCAUAUGAUGCGUGAGGUGUCGUGUGAGGAACUGGCUGGCUUGAAAGAUCGAAUGUCCCGGUAUCUUCCUCAUUCAGCUUCUAUAUACGGAAUCGUCGACACAAAGCUCCGUCAUCCUUUGGUCCAAGAAUUCUCCACAGCUGUUUACGUUCCAGAGAGCCACCCGUCUUCGUCCUUGGUGGUGGCUACUCCCUCCUGCUCCACCGAUCUCCUGAAGAGUCUGACGGUGUUCUGGUGCCAGGAGGAGGAGGAUGACGAGGACCUGGCUCUCCUGCUGGCGUCUCUCCCGGCGUGUCGUUGGAAGGAGCCCCUGUUUUUUUACGCUUGCUCGAUUCCCGUGCUUCGUAAGCUGGAAUCUCUGUUAAAUUACGAGUGUCUGGCAGGAGGACAGACGGUUUGGCAUCGGAUGUCUGAAGGCAUGAUGUACAGUAUCAGGCGUGAAGAUCUGCAGGGGCAUCAGCUGCCCCCGGGUUUUACCAUGGGUCCCCUGAGGCCAGAGGACACGCUCACCGUCCGUUCGUGGUGGAAGUACAACUGGUCAGAGUCCUACGCCGCCCUCUCGGCUUUCAUCAAUCACUUACCCUCCGUCGGCGUCUUCACGGAGGACGAGGAAGGGGGCGCGAGCGAGGGAGACAGGAAGCUGGUUUCGUGGAUCCACCAGUACAAGAACGGCAAUAUGGGAAACACAUUCACACUGCCGGAGUACCGAAGGCUGGGUUUGGCUCGCUGCGCCACCCUCGCUCUCGCUCGUAAGAUCAUCGAGAGUGGCCUCCCCGCGAACCUGGUUAUUGAUGAGACAAACAUAGACUCCAUCCUAUUCCACGAAAAAAUAGGCUUCAAGAAACAGUGCGGCGUAGGAUGGAAUGCCAGUCUGCCUCUUGGAGUGGCGCUUGAAGAAGUUAUACGCGCGCGAAAUGAUUGAUGACUGUGUGCACGGCGAGAGGCUGUGGCAAAACCGUGGCAAAAAGAAAGAGUUUCAUGAAUAUGUGAGGAGUUGCUUGUCUAGCGGAUCUCGAUGACGCAAGUGUUAUUAGCCUCAAAAGUGAUUUAAAGGUCGAUAGAGAACUUUCCCUAACUGCUGCAUCUACCUCGCGAUGAACAGUGCCGGUACAGGAGCGAUAUUUCAUCUUAGAAAAAUAUGUCACUUAAGUUCUAUCCAAGGCAGUUAAUAGUGCUGAACAGAGAGCUGGUUCUCCCCAUGCUGAUAGAAAGAACUAGGAAAAAGAUAUACAUUUAUAUUGCAUUUAUUCAGGUAUUACUGUCUUACUCAUGUGACUUGCUCAAAUAUGUCUCAUAUACCAAGGGCCGAGAACAAGAAGGGCCAAUGUUGAUGUUGACAAAAACGCCUUUGAAAGUUUGCUCCGUUAAUUGAGAUUCAGAAAAUAAUAAUUCAUUAAGCAGAGUUUUUCCUGUUAGUAAUCAAA